UCCGCCGGGCUCUCUGACAGCUCUGCGCAGCGGGACGCACUCUCCUCGGUCCGGACACGCUCUUCCUCCUCCUCCUCCUCGGAUGGAGCUGCUGCUGCAAUUCCUCCACAGUCUGCAUCGCCGCCGGGACUGAAGUCGUGAGCAGCUCCGGUUCUUUUUUCUUUUUUGAUUAUUUUUUAGGGGAAUAAUAGGACUGUUCUCGGUUCCGCCGUCCUCUCUGUCUUCCAGCAGGCCGCCGUCUCCUCCGUGACUCUCUGUUCCCAUGCGAUUCUUCAGACUCACAUUCAAGUGUUUCGUGGAUUGUUUUUGAAGGUCGCUGUCCGAUCGUCGGUGUAAUUCCCUUUCUUUUAAUUUUAUUUUAAUUUUAUUUUUCAAAUUAAAUCCCUGUAAUUCGAGAAAAAAAUCCCCCCCCCUUUUUUUUAUUAAUAGACUUUCUGGAUUUGUGACCUCUUUUUAAAAAAUUAAAAAAAUUAAAAACAUUAUUAAAUCAUCUGAAAAAGAGCUGGCGUCAUAAAUAAAAGACCAGAGUCUGGAUCCUCGGCUGCACAGAGGAAGAAUCACGUUUCUUCUGGUUGUGAGUGAGGAAGAGUGAGAGAGGGGCAGAGGAUAAAGGUCCUGCUCCUGACCCGCUGUCUCUGAGUGACUGUUGGUCUGUAACUGGCAGCUGGCUGGUUUAGUGGGACUAGUGGGAGGUGAACACGAGGUGUGGAAAACUGAGACUGUGGGACUAAAAGGAGAAAAAUAACUCUUUAAAGAGACAAAAGCUUCAAAAUAAAAGCACGCUGAGGUGGACUGGUGUUUUACUCGGUACCUGACUGGUUGCUUGGACUUGAGUUUUGGGGACUUCUAAAAAUACAAAAAGCCAAAUUAAAGGGAAAACACCCCCCAGCCUUUGUUGACUGGUAUCUGACUGCUUUUUAGGACUGAGAAACUGACUUUGAGGAUUAUAAUCCGCAGGAAUUAAAACACUCUAAAGUGGGAAUCACAGCUGACUAUUCCUUCUGGUUUCUAACUGGUGUCUGGGUUUAGGAGUGAUUUAAAAAGACUGAAAUCUGAAGAAAAUAAAGGGAUUCUAAGUGGCAUCUAUUGCUGACUAUUCCUACUGGUCUGACUGCUAACCUGAGUGGGAACUGUGGGGAAACACCUGAACAGAAAUAAGAGAUAUUGCAGACAAAACCUGCAGAGGCUGAAUACUUGGAGCACUUCCUGACUGGUUCCCAUUCUGUGAAUGAUGGAGAAGCAGGCUCUUCCAGCCUCCUCCUGCUCUCUGGUUCUCCUGGAGGAGACCAAAAAGAGCCCCAUAACUCUCUCUAAUGGGGGCGGUGGCAGUGGUUAUGCCCCUGCGGCCGCUAAUGGCAGCCUCGUCCCGCUGACAGUGGCGGGGACAGGCGUCGCCGGUGGAGUGGUGGGCACUGCUUGUGUUGGACAGGACAAAAAAGGUGGUGUGGUCAACGGAGUGGGGCCUGGUUACCAGGAGCGGGAAACCUGGACGCGACAGAUGGACUUCAUCAUGUCCUGCGUGGGCUUUGCUGUGGGACUCGGAAACGUGUGGAGGUUCCCCUACCUGUGCUACAAGAACGGAGGAGGUGUGUUUCUGAUCCCCUACCUGCUGAUUGUGUUCGUUGGAGGAAUCCCCAUCUUCUUCCUGGAGAUCUCUCUCGGUCAGUUCAUGAAAGCAGGAAGCAUCAACGUCUGGAACAUCGCGCCGCUGUUUAAAGGUCUGGGUUAUGCCUCCAUGGUGAUUGUGUUUUUCUGUAACACCUACUACAUCAUGGUGCUGGCCUGGGGCUUCUACUACCUGAUCAAGUCCUUCACCGCCACGCUCCCGUGGUCCUCCUGCAACAACGAGUGGAACACGCCCAGCUGCAUCGAGAUCUUCCAUCACCAGGACUGCAAAAACGCCAGCUUUGCCAACAUCACCAUCGGCAGCAGCAACAUGACCUGCGCCGACCUGGCCGACGUGCGAUCGCCUAUCAUCGAGUUCUGGGAAAACAAAGUGUUGAACAUCUCGUCUGGUCUGGACGAACCAGGGAAGAUGAACUGGGAGCUCAUUUUGUGUCUGAUGGCUGUCUGGGUUCUGGUUUACUUCUGUGUCUGGAAGGGAGUCAAAUCCACCGGGAAGAUUGUGUACUUCACGGCCACCUUUCCCUACGUGGUCCUCAUCAUCCUGCUGGUCAGAGGGGUGACCCUGCCCGGAGCCUACGAUGGCAUCAUGUACUACAUCAAACCCGACUGGUCCAAACUGGAGGAGGCUCAGGUGUGGAUAGAUGCUGGCACUCAGAUCUUCUUCUCCUAUGCCAUCGGCCUUGGUGCUCUGACCGCUUUAGGCAGCUACAACCGCUUUAACAAUGACUGCUACAAAGAUGCCUUCAUCUUGGCGCUCAUAAACAGCGGGACAAGCUUCUUCGCCGGCUUUGUCGUGUUUUCUAUUCUCGGCUUCAUGGCUGCGGAGCAGGGAGUCGACAUAUCGCAGGUUGCUGAAUCAGGUCCAGGUCUGGCCUUCAUUGCAUAUCCGAAGGCAGUCAGUCUGAUGCCGGUGGCCCCGCUGUGGGCGGCGCUCUUCUUCUUCAUGCUGCUGCUGCUCGGACUGGACAGUCAGUUUGUCGGGGUGGAGGGUUUUGUUACCGGGAUUCUGGAUCUGUUUCCUGGAAAGUAUUAUCAUCGCUACAAAAGGGAGAUCGCUGUGGCGAUAUGCUGUUUACUCUGCUUCAUUAUUGACCUCUCCAUGGUGACACAGGGAGGGAUGUACGUCUUCCAAUUGUUUGACUACUAUUCGGCCAGUGGGAUGACUCUGUUGUGGCAAGCAUUCUGGGAAUGCAUAGUAGUUGCCUGGGUCUACGGUGCUGACCGCUUCAUGGAUGAUGUGGCUCGUAUGAUCGGCUACCGGCCCUUCCCCUGGAUGAAGUGGUGCUGGUCUUUUAUAACUCCAUGUGUCUGCAUGGGUAUCUUUCUGUUCCACCUGGUGAACUAUAAGCCCCUGACCUACAACAAUGUGUACGUGUACCCAUGGUGGGGCGAGGUGAUCGGCUGGUGUCUGGCUCUGUCCUCCAUGCUGUGCAUUCCUGUCAGCCUUCUCUACAAACUCUUUAGAGCCAAGGGAACCUUCAAAGAGCGUUGGGCCCACCUGACCACUCCGGUGUGGGGAGCCCAUCACUUGGAGUACAUGGCCCCGGAUAUCAAGUCCUUGAGCUCCAUGUCGCCCGGCACCGAUGACAACAAAGUCAUCAUCUUCGAGAGUGUCAUGUAGGCAGGACUCCAUCCCUGUCCAUCCAUCCACCUCCGACCAGACAACCGACAGCACCACACUCGACCUUCAGCUUUACCUCCAACCCAUACAGAGGCCUCAGAAAGGACUCGAAGUGAUUGAUUAGAUUUGUGGACUGAUUGAUUGCCUUUGCCCUUCGAUUAAUUGAUUGAUGGGUCUCCUUGGACCUAUUGAUCAGUUGGUCUCUUCAUGUCACCAAAAUGACCAACGCUAAAGAUUUUUUUAAUACCUAGAAAAGAACAAAGCAGAAGAGGAGUGACACAGCUCCUUCAGGAAGCUUUUCAUGAUUCCAACAACCUCGAACAACCUGGAAAAAGAAAUCCUCUCCAUGAAUGUGGAUAAAAUGCUAAAUAAGGGUAAUCUAAAGUUUUCAUUAAAGGCAGAAUCAUUUUGUGUUCUCUAAAAAAACAAAACAAAAGAGUGUCUGCUGUCGAGGUCGAAGUCGGAGGUCAGGUUUUCUCCAUCACCGAUGAUCGGUAGUAUCAAUGCAAUCUUCUCUCUGAGUGGGUGGAUGAAACGUUAACUAAUAAACUGCCAUUACACACAAUCAUCUCAUUAUUAAAUGUUAAAGGGACCUGUGCUCACUGAUUUUUAUUUUAAGCUGGAGUUCGGUGUACCUAUUGCUCUGUGUUGUGGUUUAAUUUACGAUUCUGGAUCUCCAGCAGGUGUAAUGGCCGUUUAUUCACACAGACAGAGUUGUAGACAGACAGACUGACUGAACCCCAGAAAAUUAACAGAGGUCAUUUGCUUUGCAACAGGAUUUAAUAAAUGACAGGAAAUAGUCUGAGACUCAGUCCCGUCGUCAAACAUAAAAAUGGAAGAAAAGAUCAACAGAGAACCAGAAAUAUUGGGUUGAACGAUCUCCAGGAUUGGAGAGUAAAAAGUUCAACCUCCUGUUAUCAAGCAAACCAGUGGUCCAGGAAGCCAGACUGAGCUCAGAGAGUCCUGAAAACACCCUCAGACACCCUUUGAGCACUUUCAUUGUUGAGGCCCAAAUCCUAAAACUCAAACUGCUGCCCUGAUUCCUUUUGAACGUUUCAAUAUAUCGGUGCAGCUCUGCUGAAGCUAAAUACUACAAAUCACCAGCUUUUUACUACUGGUCCCAGAACAGUCCUGGCUCCUGAGCAGUGUCGUGCUUCUCUGACCGCUGAGUUCUGAUCUGCAACAACAGACCUGAUCUCAGAGGGAAAUGUCCAGAGAGACUUCAGUCAGAGUUAUAACAAGGGCUUUAAAUUAAACCCAAUCAAAAACAAUUAAUAAGAUCAGUAAAAUCUCCUCAGAGCUUUUAACCCCAACCAGGGUGAAAACACGACAACACUGCAGCUUCUUAGCUGUGAAAAUAUUUCACAUUAUCCAACAGAAAACACACAGAUGCUGUCAGCUGUUGAAACUGAUUUGAAACUAGACUGAAAUCUCACUGGAUCUGACCUUUAACCCCUCCCUGUCACGUGUCUGACCUCCCUGUGAGGAGGUUCAGGCCUGCGUGCGAAUCAGGUCAGAGGUCGGGCUUCGUUCAGUGUCCCCCAGGUCGACUGAAGUGCCAAAUGGGGCGGUGCCCGCCCUGCAGGGCUGAUCCUAGACCAGGGCUCCAGGCUGCCAAAAUCAACCUGUUAGCUCUUCUCUCUGCCUCGUCUCUCAGUCUCAUCGAUGCUGCAGUCCUCCAUCCAAACCUCACUUCUUCCUACUGAACCACUGAUGGUGGCACCUUCCAUCUCACAUUCUCAGUUUCAUACACCUAAACUUUUCCUGUGUGAUCAGAGUUCAUAUCAUUCUAGCCAUUUGUUUUAAGGGCCUCCCUUUGGGUGUAGCUCCUCACAAACAAGCAACGCUGCCUCUGUAUGUGGUUAACCUCGUCUCCGCACAGUAAUGGAAAUUAGACAUUCGCACUCUAGUGACUGCUCUGUACGUAAAACCACCAAGAGGUCCAAUAUUAGAGUCUAUCACAAAACAUUUAACAGGUUUCUAAGAUUCCUCACAGAAAAAAAUAAAUAAAUAUCGAUGUGAGAUUGGUUUGAAUAGAAUACUUUCUGAAUUGAAAUAAGAAAACUAGUAUCAAUAAAUGGUAAUAUAAGUACAUCGGCACUCUUCCUUACACAAUGCAUCGACCGAGUAACAAUAACUCACAUUCAUGAAGUUAGACUGCAAUAUAUGCACAAAAGUAUUAUAAUUAAUUGAAACUUAAAACACUUAAACACAUUUUUAAAUGACAAAAAUAAACUAAAACAAGAAAUCACACUCACACACUGUCAGUCGUAGACAAAUUUAUGUAACUGUACACAAUUAAAUAUUAUUAUUAGUAUAAAAUUAACAGCAGAAAAUGACAGUAAGGGGUCAUUUGUAUUGCUUAAACUGAUAAAUAUGAUUUAGCUGAGUGCUACACCUUUUUUUUUUUUUUUUUACUGAAAAAUAGCACGGGGCUAAUUUCUAGUGUUAAUCAUUUUAUAACGUUGGAAAUGUGUGAACCCUGUGCAAAUCGUCUGCACAAAAAAGCCCCAUACAGAUGAGCAAACACUAAAGUACUGAAAUACACUUCAAAAAGUGUUUAAAUUUAAGAAAAAUUGCUGAAGUGAAAUAUGAACCUCAAAAUUAGCUACAAAAACUAUCAACAGGACUUCCACUGAUUUGCUUAGUGGACCCAAAAUGCACCUUUAGUCUAAAGACCAGAAAAAGACCUGAUUUGACUUUAAAACCGAGUCCGUGUUCACCUGCCAUCCGGUCAGCUGGUGGAGAGAUGAGAGCCGGAGGACUCAGUGUGGUGCCAAGCAUUGCCUUACAUUGUUGUCUUAACUCUAGAGCCUGAACGGUUGACUAGCCAAACCCAGAGCCCUACAGGACGUCCUGUGUACGGCUCUGGUUUAUAUCAAACCAAUCAGCAGUCUGCGGGGGCGUGUCUAUAACUCUGUCUCCUAGCAACCCCUCACCAUCCACCCAUCAUGGGGAACUAUAACAAUUAGAAUGUAAAAUAUGCGAAAAUUACAUACAUUUGCACAUUACUGUAAAAAAAAAAAGAAAAAGAAAUAAUGUUGCUAGCACUUUUAAAAAAGAAUCGUGUUAGAAAUCACGUUUUGUUUUACAUAUUGUAAGAUGAAUCAGAGAUUUAUUUUAUGGAGGCUUUUAUUUUGCUGAUACAUACAAUAUGACAAAUAUAUAUAUAUUGGAUAUCUUUGUGUGUUAUCUAUAUUUGAUGCAGUAUAUAAUUGCGAUAAUGAUGAUGAUGAUGAUUUCUGGCUGAUUGUUCACGUUUAGCUGGCGAGCACAGGCAAAGCGGUGCCUCGAGCUUCAGGCUACCUCACUCCUCAUUCAGACUUUCAAAGCAAAUUUCUUUUGGCUUUUUAUGCAAAGUUUUGUCAGCAGUACCGGCUGGUAGCAGGAGGGGAUUGUGGGAACCUUUACAGUUCUCCGACACCAAUAAAAACAAAAAGUCAUGCUUUAAAACACCUUAAACUGGGGAUUUUUAUGUUGAAUUUUUUUUCAAUUUAAUGUUGCUGAUACACACUGAUGCUGCGAGGCCUUUACACAGGUGUCUGACUAGCUAACGUGAACAACCAGCGUAGGGCGGGGCUAUUAUUCCGGCGGGCUUGCUGCGAUGCAGUGAUAUGAAGACUGUCGAGGUUUCGUGUGGAUCUGAGCAAACUUCAAAAGGGAAUCUGUUGGGUUCUCUCUUUUACUUUUACUGACUUCUAAUGUUCAAAGUGCUCAAGUGUUUGAAGAGUUUUAGCUUUAGAUGAUUUUUAUUCUUUGUGUUUUAAUCAAUAUCAGUGUUCUCCCAACGACCCCCCCACGGCUCUCACGUCAUUACUUGAGUUUGAUAGAAAAGUAUGACAAACAAUCCUUUAAAGUAAAUUUGCUGAUAAUUGCUGACUGUAACUGCCAUUUGAAGUAAUUAGGAAGCUCCUGCCACUCACUCUCUCAGUAUAGUGAGGUGGUCAGGCCUGGAGUGACAAUGCCAACAUGCGUGCAGCUGAAAAGAUAAACAAAACAAACACUAAGAUACUCCACCGGUUAGUUUAAGACCUUAAUUACAGCCAGAUACCCAAGAACUUAAAGAACAGCAUUAGCAGAAUCAGCGCGAAGCAAAACGGACACAAAUCUGGUUUCUGUAUUUAAUCCUUGGCUUAAAGCCCUGUUCAGUCAGAAUGGAUGGAGGUUUUUAAUCCAGUCAAAUAAAUGAGUCGGAUGAAAUGGUUGAGUUCGAAAACCUGCAUCCUUUACAACAAUGAUAACAGUCACCCUCUAUCAUGUUUGGUUUAUGCAAAGUAAGAAGUCAACAUAGAAUAAUGGACACAAACAAGACAAACUCAGUCAUUUUCAGACCACAUCCAAAUGGAAACCUAAUUAUGAAGACCAACCGAAGGGACUUAAAAAACAGUAUUUGGGCCCUGUAGUAAUAUCGACUGUAAAGUCAAACAUCAUCUGCAUAAAAAAAAUGCUUCAAAAAACACAAUUCUUUGGAUUUGGUAUGACUUCUACUUUUCAAUUAUAUCAAUACCUCUGAUGUAAAUCUAUAUUAAAAGUUUGAUGUUUUAAGAAAAAGCCCAUAGUUAGCCUGAGAAUUUUCCCGUUUUCUUCAGAAUCAGUGACCUGAAAAUAAUUGUGCUUCUCACUGAGAAAAAUGUGAACAAAUCAAAAAUAAGGGAACAAAAAAUAAUGUAUAAGAGAAAAAUAAAGAAGGGUUUUAAAUUAGAGAAAGAAGAGGAAUCCUGCUUAUGAGGAGCUUGUUGUGGUUGGAAUUUUUACAGUUACUCCCAAAUACACAAAAGACUCUCUUACAAUUCUCAAAGAGAAAACCACCUUAAAUGGGGUUUAAGGGAAAGAGUGCAGAGCUCAGACGAGCCAGCCAGUUCCCAGAAUGUUUAGGAUUCAUCUGUCGAUCGAACUUUUCAUAUUUAAAUGAGAAUCCAAAGCAAGGAUGCCUUUUGUGCAGCGUUCUGCUGCAGUGUGAUGGGACGUCUUCUAGGAGCCAAAACAAAAGUCGUCAGCUCAAAAAUACUUCAAUACAAACCCUUCUUUCAGUUAUUGUACACAACUAAUUCAAAGACAAAGUUUCUAAUUUUUAAAAUGUACAGAUGACUCACUAAGUUAUCAGUAACUAAUGUCACUGAUAACCGCUAUUUCAUUAAUAAAACUAAACUUGCAGCAAUAACUAAUCAAACUCACAGUUUAAUGUUUGAUUUUUUAAAAAAAAAGUUGUAUUUAGUGUUCUCGUCUUGUUUCCGGACUGGAGCCUGGGUGGGUCAGAGUGUGAAAAAACAAAAAGAAUCUACAGCCAUUUAAGAAAAUGAACAUGUAUGUUACAAAAUCAAUGUUGUUUCAUGUCAGUUUGUGUGUGUGUGUGCUCUUCUGCCAAAACACAUGUUGUGACAGAGUCAUUAAUCCAAAACUGUGACUGGAAACGGCCAGGCUGGAUGCUGUAAAACACACCUGCACAGGUGCAGGAAGGUGGCUCUUUUUAGUUUUCCUCACUCAGGCUGGAGUGAUGUCACAGAUGAUGGUGUGAACUGAACAUGCUAUGCAAACGGUCGUGCUUCAGCCUGCGUGUUUCUAGACGAACAAUCAGACAUUCAGACAACAAAAAUGACCCAAUGCAGCAUUUGGAUUCUCACAGUGAGAAAUGUUCUGGUCUCAUUUGGACUGAAACCACACUUUACUAUUUUUUUAAAUAAACAAUAACUGAUGUAACUGACCUUUUACAUAUCAAACUUUUUAAUGCCUGCAUUGCCUGUUAUUUUCAUUUUCAGACAAGUAUUUAAAAAUUAAAAACAAACAAACAAAUAAACUGAUUUUUAAAGAGUAAGAACUAAAAUAAAGUAAAAAUAAGUUCAUGUCAAACAUCGAUGUGUUGUACUCAGAAUGUGAAUAUCUUUAGCAAAUUACUUUUAUGCAGCAUUUUGAAAUGCACAUCCAGAAUGUAUCCAUAAUUAAAUUUUUUGAGAUCUUUUUUUGUGUGGAAAAUUUUAAUGCUAAUUUGCAGUUGUGAAAAUUAAAUCAGAAAUGUAGCAUUAAGGACAACAGAAAUCCCACCUGAAACUUGGUGAUGGAACAACUAGCAGAGCAGAAAAGGCUUUUAUGUUUAGUUUUUAAGUUUUAUAUUUUAAUUCAAUAAAGUUAAAACGUUGCUUUUAAAAUCUUAUGAAAGAGAACAGAAUGGAUGCUUUUUUUAAAUUUAAAUUUUAAAAAUCCCUGAACUUGUCCAUGUUGCUCUGACUGUCCGAUUGUUCACUUCAGGUUUUUGAUAAAUGAUACUUCGCUCAGCUGGUUUCCUUCAGUGGAGAGUGUUUAUUUCCCAGAAUCCUCCUGCUGUUCUCAGACCCAUGUAAAGUAGAUAACACUCACAGCAGAGAUGUUAGCAGAAUGUUUAGCGGUUAUUUUACAGCCGAUAAGUUGCCAAAAUAUUUAACAUCCAAAUAAACCAGAACUAUGGAAGCCUAAAAGGGAACACGCAAAGAAACGAGAUGAUGCAUUAAGGUUUCGUUUCUUGACAGAACAGGAAGGUUUUCUGGGAAAAGCAAAUAACUGGUGCUGCGGAAAAACAACCAAAAAUAUCACUGUGUGAAAUAUUUUUUUGGGAAGCUGACCUCAGGUGGGAUUUUUGCAGCAGUGGAACCAGCAGGAGGCGCUCUCCUCCCCUGGCAAAUGUCAUCAAGUUUGGGCUGGAAACAGAGACAGAGACCCCUGACAAUUAAAACCUGCUGAAAUCAAUUAAGGGUUCAAUAAAAACACUGAAGUGUAAACAAGAUCAAGCUUAAAUAACUGGAAGUCAAGUGAGUGAAAUGACUCUCACAGUAGCUUCCACUGAAGGCAAAGUACAAAACCAAACAACCAUCCAAUCACAGUCAGGCAAAAGUACGUAGCUAAACAUCAUCUCAUUAAUUGAACCCAUUCACUGUAACAGAUUCUGAGUGAACGUGUACACGCAACAGACAGAAAGAUUUCAGCUCAUCUUUUUAGGUUUUCCAAAUGCCAACAGGUCCUGCCUCUGUCCCAGCCCAGACACAGCUACAUGGUGCCCUCAGUGUUGUAACUGUGUCUUUGUGAUUUGUGUAAACCACAGUCUUCCAUCCAUAACUGUAGAGCAGACUCUUGAUUAAGUAGCUUAACGAAGUAACUAGUAGUCGUACUAAUGAUGAUAAUGUAACUCGGGGGCUUCAUGUUAACGAGUCACCAGCCAAAAAUUUUGCAGAGUCAAUGUUAAAGAGUUAACUUUGAGCCCUGUCGGUGUCACCUGUGUUUCAUCGACCUUUGACCCCUGCGAGGGUCUCCACGCUGCCAGCUGCUGUGAUCACUGUGCUCAUUCACCACCCAAUAAACUAACAGCAAUAAAACUAAUGUCACAACAAA